AGAGCCACGAAGUGUCUACAGCUCCUAAGAACGGCGGGUGUGCAUCCUCACACCCAAUACAUCAAGAAUCAUCGCUGUCUUCGCCAUAGAACUGUAGACACCCGCCGCUUACCCCCGCUCAAGCGUGGACAGAUCCCUAAUGCCCAGAGUCCUACCCACAAGCAAAAUGCUUAAUCGCGUCGGCGUCCCCAUCGUUGCUGCAGCACUCAUCGUCGUUGCCAUCAUCAUAUAUUUCCUCGCGGAGUUGGGCGAUCGGUUCCUGGUCUGUGGCCCACGCCUAGUCGUGUUGGAAAGUCGUGGCACUGGAAACUUGGUCUUGCUCAGCUGCAAGUGCCCUGCUGUUGGAUGCAUGGCUGCCCAACUGAGCGUCAGGCAACGUGAGGGGUAACCAGGGAGCUGAGCAACGAGGUCAGGGCGAUUCCCCCUUCGCUGGAGACGAGAGAGAAGAACAACCUUCAAUUGAUGACUUCUGGGCUGCUCUGAGCAUCACAAACCCACUGUCGUAAGCUCCCAUCAUCUGUGUGAUCACCGU